GGGCAGCAACUGGAGUCUCCCAGAUGGACCUGAUCCUCACUGGCCAUGAAGAAAAGUUCAUCUGUCUUACUGGGAGUGAUUUGGCCUGGAGAUUGCAGAAAAACCAUCUGAUGGGAAGAAAGGGGCCGAGCGCAUCACGGGCUUCCUGGGGCUGCAGCCCCCAGCACAGUUCCUCAUUCCGCUCGCACUCGGGCCUCAGACUCGGUGGAGCUCAUCACCAGGGUGUUGGUGGCAGCGCUGAGGGGCCCCCACUGCCCCAUCAUGGUGUCUGCUCUCACCGUCCUCCUCCUCGGCUGCUGGCUGGCCAGGCAGAGUGGGGUGUCAGGAGAGAGAAAUUUUCCCAAGCCCUCCCUGUCUGUGAGCCCCCGGGGGGUGACUGAGCUGGGGGAAAACGUCACAUUCCAGUGUGUGGGGGAGCAGCCAGGCAUGAGGUUUGUUCUGAGUAAAAAUGGAGCCUAUAAAAAGAUUCAGGACCCUUCUGGGAGUGAGGCCGUAUUUCCCAUCCCCAGCGUGGGACCGGACGACAGCGGAAUCUACACCUGCCAGUAUCACACCAAAUCACAAACAGCUGACUGGUCAGAGCCCAGCGACCCCGUGGAGCUGGUGGUACCAGGCGGAUCGGAAUCACCGGCACCUCCGGGUCUGACCAGCCCCAUCAUCACCGGGGUGAGUGUGGCGGCCACCAGCCUCCUCCUCCUCCUUGUGGCCUUCGUCUGCUUCAGAAUAACCCGAGCCAAUGCCUCCAUCGACGAAUGGAAAGAGACACAGAACCUGCCCCAGGAGCCCGACCCCGGUGCCGACGGACUCACCUAUGCCGAGCUGGACGGCCAGGUGCUGCAGGCCAAGCAGGGGGAACCGGCCCCCGAGCCCACCCAGCCCAGAAUGUACGCCGUGAUCAACAUGAGCCAGGGGGCCCUGCAGUGA